AUGGGUCGGCCGAAGUAUUUCACACCCUCUGAAGUUGCUGUACACAACACUGUAGAUGACCUUUGGGUAUCUUUCCUAGGAAAAGUGUAUGAUCUAACUCCACUAUGUGAAAAAUACAAAGGUGAUGUCCUCCUAAAACCAAUCAUCCAGUCAGCAGGAAAAGACAUCUCACACUGGUUUAAUCCUAAACUCAAAGAUAUCCGUACCCAUGUUGAUCCUCUGACAGGUUGUGUGAUCCCCUAUUGUCCAAAUGGCCGAUUUGUUCACAUCCCUCCUCCAUAUCCAGACAGCUUUUGGGCAAAUGACUUUGGUCGGCCAUGGUGGAAAGACGAAGGAUAUCUCGUAGGAAUAUUGUCAAAGAAAACAAGAUCCAUCAAAAUAAUCAACACUUUAACAUCACAAGAACAAGUUAUAGAGGUGUGUUCAGAAGAGAUAAUGACAGAAAUUUUAGACCGUUACAUUAAAUAUAAUGCCCACGCGGCAAGCUACACAUGGAAAUAUGAUGGCAGAAAUCUGGACAUGACCCAAACAUUGGAAGAUAACCAGAUCCCAGACGAGGAUGAGGAAUUCUACAAACUCAGCAUGAAUGACGACACAUUCCUACAAGCCAUCCAUUUGUACUUCAAUGACGACCUCACAGAGGCGUAGUGUCAAGGACAAAUUCCAAAUACAAACAUAUCAUCAUGCAUUGGCUGUAAUAUAUCUCAGAACCAACUUGUGCAUGUAGAAGGAAAAUAAUGUAACUUGAGAUCAGACAUUCAUUUAAAAUGUGAACUAUUUAAAACUUACCACUCAAAAAAUAAAAACAAAAAUAAAAAAGCCCACGAAUAAUGUUUAUAAGGUCAUAUAUAUUUGUAUUUAUAUUGAGCGCCAAGAAUUGAUUGUACUUGUAUCAUCUCCAGCAGGACAAGAAUAAUCAUUGUUAUAUAUUCUUAUAGAUGUAUGUA